UUCUCGAUGAGAAGUUUGGGAAGAUUUAUGGCGGCGACCUUUAUUUGCUAUCCAAUGGAUAUUUCUAUGUAUUUUGUGAUGGGGUUUUAAGGCUAAGAAACGCGGCUGAUACUUAAUCGACUUCUUUGUCAUCUUCCGUCCUCAUCUUCUCUGCACUCCAUUCAUUUCUUCACGAUUAUCCGCAUCUUUUCUCCUUCACCCUUCUUCUGAUCACUUGGUUUUUAGUCGAAGAAGAAGCAACCCCAUCAACUCCGGCCAGCCAAUUAUGUCCAAGAAAGGGCUCGGCGGUGGAGCCGCGCUUUCGAAGGACGCGCCUUGGAGGGCCUCCAGCAAGCCCAUUCCCAAAAUCCACCAUGCUCCUCUGCUCCGCAUUUCCCAAUCCCCCUUUUCCAAUUACGCCCUCUCCGUAAUGAAGCAUCCUGAUCCGAUUGGAAGUGGGUUGGCUACGGAUGCCAUUUUAGAAGCGGCUGGGCCUGAUUGUAUUGUACCUGGACAAUCUGCACCUGUUAAAUUACUUGGUCUCAAGGUAUGGCCCAUUGAUCUCGAUCUGAAGGUUCUUGAGCCUGUCGGCCGAGAGCUUAAAUUACUUGGAAAGUUUAUGGAUGAUGCGGUGAACCUCAUGAACAAGUCAUUUAUAGAUCGCUAGACGUAGCAGUUCUGAUCAAUGAAGAGUUGCAUAGAAGCUGCAAUUUUAGCAGGCUCUGUGAGUGGCAACUUACCCACCAGAAUCGCCUCUUGAUAAUUUCCUUUCUCUUCGUACUGAAUCCUCUCAUGUAAAACCAGUCUCUGGCCUCCAAAAGCGAUUUUGUUACUGCUUUUUUUGUGGCUUUUCAUUUCGACUCUUAAACAGUCAGUGAAGUGCCUUGUAAGGUUUUUCCAUGGGGUUUCGAUUGAUAAAGGUUAUUGUGUAAAAUAAGCCGUAGUUAAUAGCUUAUAUCCAUUUUUCACUC